CACUUGUUUCUUUUCCUGGAUAUUUUCUUGUUUUUUAAGCUUCGGCUUUUCUUGACGUCUUUUUUGUUUUUUUUUCUUGGAUUCCUGGUUGGCUACGUGACCGUUGCGAUCGAGGCGCUGCUUGUUUCAGCUGUGCUAUAACCCACAAUCUCCCCCUACACACACUCGCCCACGGGAGACCCUCUUUCUUUUCCUUCUUUCUUCUUGACGACCCAAGGCGAAACGAAAAACGACACUGGUGGUCUACCCCGUCUCGUCGACCGAUCCCUUUUCACGACACUAGAACUCUUUCACGACCCCCCUAGUCAUGCCAUCCGCCAUCGUGUACCCAUCACCACCACCCACAACGAACACCUUGGAAGCUUCACAGCGAUCCAGGCUGCUCAAAUCGUCCAGGAAAAUCGAAGCCAUGCUUGGAGCGACGCCAUUUGUAUUGGAGGUCGACGUCACUGCGCGCGACGCGGCUGACCAGGGCUAUCCCCGCCCGCCGAUUACUCCACGCACCAAGGCUCGCCGACGACGAGGACAGCUCUUCGAGGGCACCUCGUCCUGCUCGAGCUCUUCAGGAUCAGAAGACGAAGCAACCGCUAUCAAUGUCGACCUGAACGACGGAGACGAUUCGGACGCGAGCAGCUAUGUCUUCGUGGACCCAUCUGGUCCUCAUGGCGGCUACCAGCCCCACUCGCUCCCCGAGGCUCCCUCGCCCACCACCGCGAAGAAGCCGAGCCCGAGGGGAAGGAGCAAGUCAGAGGCGAAGCCCAAGUAUAACAAGACCAAGCCUCUGCCUGUCCCUCCUGUCCCCACUGCACCGAUCCUCCUCGACCUUCCUCUGAGCGACAAAAAGGGCAAGAAGAAGGGCCCACAGCCCCUCGCGCAGCCCAUCCUUUUGCGACUACGCACCAUCCCUCCGACUUCCCAGUCCGCACCAACAAGCACGAGUGUUUCUCGCGAUGCUUCCCCUGUGCGUCCUCGACACAAGCCUUCAAACUCUAUCUCUACUAUCGCCUCGUCCGACUCUGUGAUCUCUGUCCAGACACCCAUCUCGAGCGUGUUCACGACGCCUGAGAAGAACGAGGCCCGAGAGAAGGAGAUGAGGAGGAAGAAGUUGGCCAAGCUCGCUAGGACGCUCGGUGAGAACGUUCCCCCGGAGUUGGUCUUCCCCCAAUGCGCCAAGGAACGCAAGUCGUCCAUCUCGCGCACCGAGCGCAGGGGGUCUGUCUCGAACAAGCCUUCAACCCACCAGAAGUCGCCCUCGACAACCACACCCACACCCUCCCCUACCAACGCAAAAGAGGCAUCUGCCACUGCCUCGACAUCGGCCGCACCCACUCCGGUACAACCAAAGAAAUUCAAGCGCGCGCACCGCCCUCGGAGCUUGAGCGUUCCCCUGGUCUUCCCAUCGACUGCGGCGCCUACCAUCGAAGUUGAGCAGACCACCGAUGCGGAGGAAGAGACGGAGAGGGUAUCCCCUAUCAUCUUCGCUCCUGCUCCCACCACUACCGUCAUCCCGCCUACACCCAAGGUAGUCGAGGUCCGCGCUCCCGCUCCCGCUGUCGGCGGAUACUCCCAGCGUGCAAUUGGCUUCUCCCGGAGGAAGGUCUCUAACUCGCUCGACUCGCCGCGUGGCAGGUUGGCGUUCGAAGGGCUGACCACGGUCCCCGCCACUGGUGCGAACAGCAUCUACCCUCAACGCGCGCCCUAUGUCCGAUCCAACUCUGCCAACCACCUUCCUCUUCCUUACUCCCCGUCCAAGUCCACCUUCACGGGACGUGGAGCUGCAUCCCUCGAUAUCACGAGGCCUGUCGUCUCUGGCCACGCCCACUCGGCUUCCACCUCCUCUGUCAACUGGGGUAGGAGCCCUUUGGAUUACGUCGGUGGACAGAGCAGGUCUGCCGGCCAUGUGCGAAGCCAGACUGCUACUACCAUUGCUGUUGGCGAAUGUGAGGAUUUGCAUAAGAGGAAGGAGAGGGAGUGGAGUGGGGAGUGGAACGUGGCUGAUAUGGGUGAUGUUGUGAGGCGGUUGAGGGAGUUGAAGGGACGCUAAGCGGCCCUAUAAGUACGGUGAUUUGGGCUUCCUUUAUUGCAGGCCCUGUGUUUCACCACAUUGUUUCCGUCCUUUCUUUUCUUUGUCUGGACCCUUCACGAUGCAUGACAUGAGGUUACGAUCGAGUUUCCAUAGUUCGGAUAUUUCUUAUACCCCCAUUCUCUUUCUCUUCACCUCAUUUACGAUCGCAUUUCUAUCCAUUUGUACAAACACUAUCUCAGCAGCAGCAGCAUCUAUUCAUCCUCCUUCGCGCAUGUAGCCUUUAGUACAACCUACCUUUUCAUGCGUCUCGGUGUCCAUAGCUAUUGUAUAGUGGUCAUCUCGAGACCUUAAUAUUUUCAGCCUCUUCCUAGUAGUGUACAGUAUCAUCGUAACGACUCGUAAUAGAAUUUGUCCACAGUUCGCAUUUGAAA